AUGGACUUCUUCUCCGUCCCAAAGUAUCCCCUGCAGGAUAUCCUGGCAGUCGCUGCCAUCCAUCCAUUCUACCUUUCGACAGCUCAAUACCCACCAACCGAUGCCCAGAUCAAAGAGGCCAUUCGCAAUGCCCGCGAGGCAGGAUGCCCCGACCUGAAAAGUUUGCCUCUAACUUAUAAAGACAAUCUAUACAAGGCUAUUCAGCGAUUAGUGGCAGACCAUACCCCCGCCAAUGUAUACCGCCACGCUUGCUAUACCAGCAUGACCGGCGGCGGCUCUGGGGGACAGCCCAUGUUCUUCCUAACAGAUGCAUGGGAGAAUCGCCUGCAGAGAAUGGCUAUGGGAAAGUUGCUUCGACAAUGCGGUCUGAUCGUCCCCGGUGAUCUCGUCAUCUCGAUGCAUACCUCUGGCAGCUUUUACCGAUCUCUCGACCUGACUGCAGAAACAGUAGAGAAUGCCGGCGGAACCAUCUUCUGUGCUGGCCACGCCAUGCCUCAUGCUGAAGUGGCACGCGUGGUCUCUAACAUCGGCAUCAAUGUCAUCAGCGGCGAUUCGAGUCAAAUUCUCCAGUUCGCGCUGCAUGUGUCCUCACUGCCAGACGCAGAACGUCAAGCGAUCCGCAUCACCAAAGCUUUCUACACCUCCGAGCCACUUGUCCGAUCACAGCGGGCGUAUCUCACCUCCGUAUUUGGUGAUGAGCUCUUGAUCUGUUCUGCGUUUGGAAGCGCCGAGGCUGGGCCUUGGGCUGUCAUGAACCCGGCCAUCACGGGCUACGCAGAGAACGAUGACUCGGCCGAUUUCAUCUUUGAUACUCGCGAUAUGACCGUCGAGGUGUUGCCGCCUGCGGUGCUUGAGGAAUCCGCUGACAACAAGCAUGGCAAGCCUCUUCCAGAUGGUGAGGUAGGCGUGUUUGCCUUGACUUCACUUCAACGUCUCCGCAACCCCCUCAUCCGAUAUCUCACCGGUGACGUGGGCUCCGUCCACCCCCUCCCCGAAACCAAACUCAUCGACCCGGAAGAAGCCCAGCAUUUGAAGGUAUUCCGCAUGCAAGGGCGCGAUCAGCGAUUCAGCUUCGAAUGGCAGGGCGAAUAUAUCGAAUUCGCCGCUCUCCGCGGCUUGAUCCAGUCCGAGGGAUUAUCCGUCCUGCAGUGGCAAAUCAUCCGCAGUGUAGGAGAGACCCUAACACAUCAUGUAGAGAUCCGUCUUCUGCGAGGACAAACUCGUGAUAAGAUUCUGUCGGAUGAGGAUGUGGUUCAGAGACUGAAGUCCUUCUGUCAUGUUGGGCCAGACAGCGAACCGUAUUUUCAGGUUACUUUUGUUUCGGGCUUGCAGGGGUUUGAGCGCAGUAAGACUGGCAAUAAAGUGAUGCGGUUUGUAGAUAUUCCAAAGAGUUGA